UGCCAAAAGCAAGAAAGGCCAGAGCAACGUCAUCGACGGUCACCCGUCCACCACCAACCACGUCUGCUCAACCACCAGCCAUCACUGAAAUUGACUACGACAAACUGGCCGACGCCAUUAUAAGAAAACAGCAGUCUGCUACCAAUAUGCCGGGUGCCAGCUUAGUCAAUCCAUUGGCAUCUCAACACAAUAUACCUGUGAUGGCCAUGGCAUGGACUCGUUAGUCCCCACGGCGCUCGAUCAAGGUACCACUGUGGACGACAUGCUGUCCAACAUAGUCAACACACACCCGAACAACCCAAACCCUUACCCACAGACCGAAUUAAUCGACGGUAUUCCGUUAACAAAAAUGGUGCCACAAAAAAUUAAAAACAAAAUUUGGCAAAACGAGUAUGUAGAUUUCAAAACACUCCUACCAUCAUUUAAAGAAGAUCCCUGGGUUGCGAAUAUUGCGCCAGGCAACAUCAACAUUCAGCAGAGCAACUCCCACAAACAGUCGUUAACAAUUCUUCAGUGGGUGGCGGCGUUUAAUAAAUUCUCUGCUGUACUUAUCGAGAAAAUUCCAGACCAAGCACCACAUCUGCUCAAAUACCAUAGCUACACACUCGACUUGCACCUCCAUGCCCAAGAAGGCGCGUGGCGUACAUAUGACGAGUCCUUUAGGAUGUUACGUCAGUCCAUGGGUCUACCGUGGAAUAAAUGGGUUGAUGACCUCAAAUGGAAAGCUACCACAUCCAAAUCAACACAAGAGACAAACAAUUUUCGUUUUCGUCGCCUCCGCUUCUGCUUCGAUUUCAACAACGGCGUCCCAUGUACAUCAUCCCCAUGCCCCUACAGGCACGUGUGUCAACUCUGCCGGGCUCCCCACCCAAAGCUGCGAUGCUUCAAAAGACCCCGUAGCACGGUUCCCACCCAAGGAAAUAGUAACACAAAUCCACAUCCAAGAACAUUAGUGUCAACAACUCAAACAAACGAGCCACUCCCUACACUCGUUAACUCAUACCGUCUAAACGAAUACUUGGAGGGCUACAAUCCACAACGGCGAAAUGAACUUGUCAAAGGUUUUCGAUUUGGAUUCAACCUCGGCUGCACUUUACGCCCACCUCCAGGAGUAUCUCAGAACCAUAAAAGCACCCGAGAAUACCCCGGGGUAAUCCCUAAGUAUAUUGCAAAGGGCCUAGAAAGGUGCCGCAUUGCUUGUCCAUUUCCUACACCUCCAUUCGACAGUUUUGUUGUUUCUCCUCUAGGGGUCAUUCCCAAGUCCUCCCCGGGUGCAUUUAGAGUAAUUCAUGAUAUGUCCUUCCCAAGGGGUAGCUCUGUCAACGAGGGGAUACCAAGCGAACAUCCACAGGUUUCUUACGAUUCAAUUGAUACCAUUAUUUUUGGAUUAUGGGAAAUAAAUUUUGGUUUUGGGCAAUGUCUCACUUACUGGACGAUUUCUUUUUCAUCGGCCCUAAAAACUCCUCGAUUCGGUUGCCAUGCAAUGUCGUUUGCCCUUCGAGAAAUUACAAAAAAUAGAAACAAACUAACAUGGGCGAAAAAUCGCCGGACCAUGACGCUUAGAGAACUACAGUCUUUAAUAGGCCUCCUCAAUUUGGCCUGUGCGGUGGUACUCCCAGGUCGCGCCUUCCUCCGCCGGCUUAUAAACUUAACCUGCAAAAUUUCAUACCCCUUUCACCACAUUAACCUGAAUCGAGAGGCCCAAGGUGACAUUCAUAUGUGGUUCAAAUUUCUUACAUCUUUUAAUGGGAUAUCUGUCUUCCUCAACAACAACUGGCUGAUAUCCGACCAGAUUUGGCUGUUUACUGAUGCUUCAGGAACCAUCGACUGUGCAGCUGUCCUCGGUAAAAAAUGGUUUGCAUUUGAAUGGCCAUUUCAACUUAGUCACCACCAAAUCGCAGUCAAAGAACUUUUCCCUAUCGUUUUGGCACUCGAAAUUUAGAAAAAUUCUUUUUCGCUGUGACAACAUGGCUAUUAUUCAGUUAUCAAAAAGAAAUCCUCCAAAGAUCCCAUAAUAAUGCGCCUACUUAGACGAUUAGUAGUAUUGUCUCUUAAACAUAACAUUCUAUUUCGUGCAGAUCAUAUCCCGGGGAAACAAAAUGUCAUUUCUGACCUCCUGUCUCGCUCACAAUUUCAGGGAGCAAGACGUCUCGCACCAAACCUCAACGUGCAACAAGUGCUAGUUCCAGAAGAACUCUUACAUAUUUAACGCCUUCAGCGAGGUUUGUCGUUGCUGCCUCCCUCUCCCCAAAUUCACAGAAAAUAUAUAAACGCACCUGGGAAAUCUCUACUUCUUGGCGGGGAAUCAACAACACCCCUUCCAGCGAUGUUAAACUAUGCAAUUUCAUUGGUCACCUCUUCCAAUCUGAUUAUGCUGCACGUUAUAUUUUAACACAAGUCUCAGCUAUCGGUUACAUUCACUGCGCCCAAAGUUGAAACAAUCCCACAAAAUCCUUUCUUGUGGCACGUGCGCUAAAGGGUGUUCAUGCGCUCUCUGGCUCCUGUGAUAUCGGGGUACGUAUCACUAUCAAAUAUUCUAAGACAUCGAGGGGGAAGCCUCCAAUAUCUCUCCUUAUCCGUAGGUCGGCGGGUGACACUUGCCCAGUGUGGACUCUUGAAGUAGGCCUAUACCUCGCCUAUUUUAAGCAUGUAUCGGGGCCACAUUUCUAAUUACAGGACGGGAAUCCAGUUUCUCCCUCAUUCGUUAACUCCAAACUGAAGGCAUUCAAAUUGGAGCUGCAACCUGGGCAGCAGAAAUGGGGCACCCCGAAGCGGAAAUUCGCACUAUGGGAAGAUGGAACUCACAAGCCUUCCGCAAUUACAUCCGCAUGUCGCAUAUGUUGGUCUGAGAUGUCAGCAAUUAGCUGGGACAAUAAAACGCCGUGUAGUUCGCAAACACGCCUGUAAGCAGAGGGUUGGGGCAAAAUUACACUCAUAAACGUUUCAUCUCCAAUUCGUCCUGAUUACCCUGUUGUUACGCCUUAUCCACAGGCAUUUCAGCAUGAAUGGGGCAGCACGUCGUCAGGCAAUACUGUCCAAAAAUAAUUACUGGUACCCUGUUGUACCUCGCAACACUCAUUUCAGAUUCAGUGAGUUUACUUCACUGAAACGUGCCUGUCAGCGGCUGGCUGGGGCUACGUAGUGAAAACUAUUUCUUUCGAUAUUGUACGUUUGCGAAAUACAUUAAGUCUUUAAAAUGCCUGUCAGCAGUUGGCUGGGGCAGUUUACGCAGAACACUAUGUAUAUUAACUUUUAUUUUAUUUUUGUAUUUAUGGCACUAAAAAAAAAAUAUUUACUAAUGUGGUCUGGGAGUUUUCAUCACUAAAAACGUGCCUGUCAGCAGCUGGCUGGGGCAUCGCAGUGAACAAAAUUCUCCUCGAUACGGUUCACAGGAUAACUCCGCUGAUUAGAAACAGGCUUGUCAGCAGAUGGCUGGGGCCGUUUUCAGCAAAAAAGGUCUGUAAUAAUUAUUUUGGUAUUUCCAGUAGGCCUACAUAUAUUUUAAUAAACUUUAAAUCAGAGGGUUAGAUUAUGGCAUGCUUUAAUAAAUUAUAUUUCACAUAAAAGUUCGGCAUACGCAUCUGAUAAGAUGACCUUAAGAUGACGUUUCAAGUAAACUUGAAAAUUACGCAUGCUGAGUAGCUAGAUUUAUAUGGUUACAGUAAGUGUAGGUGUGAUUCGGUCGUAAUUCCUUCUCAUACUAUAUUCAUUUGGCCAUGGCCUUGCUGCCUGCGUUGGGUGCUGACCCCUUCGGGGUCAGUGGCGCUACGGCACCCUGUCGCUUGGCUUGUUGGCCACUUUUUAAGAAUUUUCACUAUGGAAAUUAAUUUAGGGACCAAUCGUGUGCGACGGUCCAUUUGCCUUUUGUCGUAAUAAAUCACGACCGAAUCACACUAUAUCUGAUCAUGUGUUACUUUAUUGUGUACAGUGUAUUGAGGGUACGGUCAAGAGUGGGUGGGGCCUUAUAGUUAAUUCUUAGCCCAGUAGACACAAAUGCUUCUGUCAGCAUUUAAAAAAAAAUUAAGUCCAUAAGCUUUUGUUUUCUGUCUGGCUGUUAUUUUAUUGUACCUGUUUAGCUUUUGUAAUAUUUUAUCUUAACCAAGAUAAGGCGAUCGUUUCAAACAUCAUAAUUGUCUUUCAUUGCCUUUUAAUAAGACAGCUAAUCGAAUCUAAUUUUAAUUUGCAGUUUGGUUAAUAUUCUAUUUUUCCGAUGUAUUCUGGAGUGAUAUUUAUAUUGUCUUUUGGAGGCUAAUAGUGCUUCCUGUUCGUGAACAAAAUUGUCUAAUAGCGGUAUACUUCACAACCUUGGAAUAAAGAUGCAUUGUCAUUAAAUUAAUGGUCAUCCGUAAAUCAUGAAGUACCUGCAUGUGGUUACUGUCGGAUAUCCUAACACAAUAGGGACCUUUCGAUUUGCGACGACGUAGAACGUUAGUAGAACGUAUUCACGUCAUUUUAAAUUAAUUGUGCAUUGUGUGCAUUGUGUGAGUGGAAUUCCACAUGCCCCUGGUGCCAUCACUGAAUAUUCAGACUCAAGAAACUCUUCAAAUUAUUGAGUUAUGUUUUUUUCUAAUACAAGAUA